AUGGCCGCACCUUCACGAAACCUCCUUAGCUGGGAAGAAGCACACGUAAAGGCCGAGAAACUUGUUUCCCAAAUGUCCAUUGACCAAAAAGCUGGAUUGGCGACUGGUCAAGGUUGGGAGACGACUCUGUGCGUCGGUCAAACUUAUGGAUCAACGAACCCCGACUUCCCCUCGUUGUGUCUCCAAGACGGUCCGGCCGGUAUUCGAUGGGCUGACAAUGUCACCGCUAGUGUCUCGGGUAUUAACGUUGCCGCAUCGUGGGACAAAGACCUGAUUUACAAGCGUGGUGAAUACAUGGGUGACGAAUUUUAUCUGAAGGGUAUCCACAUGGCGUUGGGUCCUUCCUUUGAUAUUAUGCGCUCGCCCCGCGGUGGUAGAGGCUGGGAAGCUUUCGGUGAAGAUCCAUAUCUUCAAGGUGUUGCUGCUUCACUCACAAUUUCAGGUAUCCAAGAACAGGGUGUGAUCGCUGUUCCCAAGCAUUACAUUCUCAACAACCAAGAAACCAACCGUAAGAACUCGUCAUCGGACAUCGACAAGCGCACUUUACACGAAGUCUACGUCUGGCCUUAUGCUCGUGCAAUCGAAGCUGGUCUUGGUGGUGUUAUGUGCAGCUACAAUCAGAUUAAUGGCACAUGGACUUGCGAGCACGAGUACGUUUUGACCACCGUGCUUAAGGAGGAGCUCAACUUCCAAGGUCUGAUUAUGUCUGAUUGGGGAGCUCAAAUGUCCAACGAACCUUCUGCAAAUGCUGGUUUGGAUAUGACCAUGCCUGGUGAUAUUGUCAUGGGUGAUGGCUAUUCCUGGUGGGGCUCAAAUCUGACAAAGGCUGUCGAGGAAGGAAGAGUUCCAGAAGAACGUGUUACCGACAUGGCACAGCGUAUUGCUGCCGCUUACUACAAGAUGAGACAAGAUGAAGGCUUCCCUGAUAUUGGUGUCAACGGUUGGGAUCGUGAAUCGGCUCCAGUUAGAAUCCACCCCGACAUGGACAAGCACAUACAGGUCACCCGUGAUAUUGGUGCUGCCUCUGUUGUUCUCUUGCAGAACAACGAUAACACCCUUCCCUUGUCGAGCGAUGUCAAGAAGAUUGCCCUUAUUGGUAGUGAUGCUGGACCGAUCCCUCAAGGCCUUAAUGGUUGCGAGGAUCAAAGCUGUGGUGCAGGCCAUCUCGCUAUGGGCUGGGGCUCUGGAACUGUUGAUUUCCCAUACCUCAUCACCCCCGCUGACGGUAUUACUGCUCGUGCUGGUGAUGGUGUUGAAGUUGUAACUCACUUUGACGAUUGGGACCUUGAAAAGGCCAAGGAAAUUGCAGCUGAUGCUGAUGUCGUCUUCGUCUUUGGUAUGGCGGACUCUGGUGAAGAGUACAUUAGUGUUGAUGGAAAUGUCGGAGACCGCAAGAACAUGUCUCUCUGGCACAAUGGUGAUAACCUUAUUGAAGCUGUUGCUGAAGCCAGCGAUAAUGUCGUUGUCGUUAUUAACGCUGUCGGUUCUGUCCUCAUGCCUUGGAUUGACAAUGAGAGCAUCAAGUCUGUUGUGUGGCCCGGUCUCGCCGGUCAGGAAUCUGGUAACGCUCUUGCUGACGUUCUUUUCGGUGAUGUCAACCCAUCUGGUCGUCUUCCCUACACCAUUGCCGUUAAUGAAGAGGACUACGGUGCCACAAUUGAUCCUAACUUCAAUGUUGUCUACCACGAAAAGCUUGAGGUCGGCUACAAGCACUUUGACGCCCACGAUAUUGAGCCCCUCUUUGCUUUCGGUCAUGGUCUUUCUUACAGCAGCUUCGAAUAUGGCAAGCUCAAGGUCAAGGCUAAAAAGGACAAGGCUUCUGCUACCGUUGAAGUCACAAAUGUCGGUGAUGUUGACGGUGCUGAAGUUGCUCAGGCUUACCUCGGCUUCCCUGAAUCUGCUGGUGCUCCCCCCAAGAACCUGCGCGGUUUUGAAAAGGUCUACUUGAAGGCGGGCAAGAAGUCUAAGGUUACUUUCGAGUUCGAAACAAUCGACCUUAGCUACUGGAACGAAGAAUCGGAAACCUGGGUUGUCCCUGAGGGAGAAUUCACACUUUAUGUUGGCGCUAGCAGCCGUGAUAUCCGCGAGACUGCCACCUUCACUUUGUAA